AUGUCUCUUCAAUUUCCAUCCUCCACACUCGACUUUGUGGAACAGAAGCCUUCAUUGGAAUUUGCUAACGGAGCUGCUGAUGACCAAAAACUCGACGAAGUUGCUCUGGUGAACCAAGUUAAUAGCUCGGUUGGUGACGAGAUUGCUGAAGAUGCCGGUACCUCUGGAAUUGUUCCAACGCUACAAAAUAUCGUUGCCACUGUCAAUUUGGAUUGCCGUUUGGAUUUAAAGACCAUUGCGUUGCACGCCCGUAAUGCUGAAUAUAACCCAAAGCGUUUUGCUGCGGUUAUUAUGCGUAUUAGAGAACCAAAAACCACUGCUUUGAUUUUUGCCUCUGGGAAGAUGGUUGUCACCGGUGCUAAGUCAGAAGACGAUUCGAAGUUGGCCUCGAGAAAAUAUGCUAGAAUCAUUCAAAAGUUGGGGUUCAACGCCAAGUUCACAGAUUUUAAAAUCCAGAAUAUUGUUGGUUCUUGUGACGUAAAAUUCCCAAUCAGAUUGGAAGGUUUGGCAUUUUCCCACGGUACUUUCAGUUCUUAUGAACCAGAAUUGUUCCCAGGGUUGAUUUAUAGAAUGGUGAAACCAAAGAUUGUGUUAUUGAUUUUUGUUUCGGGUAAGAUUGUUUUGACUGGUGCAAAACAAAGAGAAGAGAUUUAUGCUGCUUUUGAAGCUAUUUAUCCCGUGUUGAGUGAAUUCAGAAAAUUAUGA